AUGGUUAUGUUAGCGGGAGGACCUCUGUACCCGAUAAAUGGAAGACGAAGUUCACGAUCAGACGAUGGCAGUUCGCCUCGGAUUCAUCUCAACCAACCAUUUGUUUACUUCGGACAAUCCUACUCACAGAUUUAUGUGAACCAUAACGGACACCUGACCUUCACCGGCCCGUGGAGAAGUUUCACGCCUCAACGCUUCCCGAUCAAUGGAUCAAGAGACGUCAUCGCUCCGUUUUGGACAGACAUAGACAACCGUGAAAGAGGUCAGAUCCUCUACAAAGAACACAGAAGUGGCCACAUUCUCCAACAAGCUACGCAGGAUGUCAAUCAGUAUUUCCCGGGGCUGAACUUCCGAGCCGUCUCGGUGUUUGUAGCGACCUGGCACGAGGUGGCUUAUUUUCCAGAAACAUCAACUGUGACAACAUUUCAGGCAGUCCUGAUUUCUGGUGGACGGUACUCAUUUGUGCUCAUGAAUUAUGGGGCAAUAGACAGAACGACUCACAGCAUACAGAUUGGGUACGACACAGUCCAUUCAGCUCAUCAUCACUCCAUCCCGUUCUACUUUGGCACUGACGCUGAUGGGAGGGUUUUCCAGCAGAGAAGCAACGUGAAUGUUCCCGGUCGCUUUGCCUUCCGGACAGACACUGGAACAAGCGGCUGCACUUUUGAUGGUGCGCCAGUGCAGCUGGGCGACUCCUUCUGGAGCGACAGGACCUGUGCGGAGAGGUGCACGUGCACAUCAGAAGGCCUGCAGUGUCAAAGCCAACCCUGCUCCUUUUCCCAGAUCUGUCGGCCCGCCGCCUUGCAGUUCUCCUGCCGGACAAUACAGAGACGCACGUGUAACAUCGUCGGCGAUCCCCAUUACUACACCUUCGACAACCAAGUCUUUCACUUUCAGGGCACGUGCACUUAUGUCCUCUCUGAGCAGUGUGGCAGUGCGCUGCCAUAUUACAGAGUCGAAGGCAAAAAUGAGCACAGGGGAAGUACCAGAGUUUCUUGGGUUCGACUGGUCAAAGUGUUUGUCUACGAUGAAGUCAUCGAGUUGGUCAAAGGACAUCGUGGUAAAGCUAAGGUUAACGGGGACUUUGUGUCAACUCCAAUCUCUCUCAAUAAUGGCACAGUGCAGGUUUAUCAGUCAGGUUUUUCUGUUGUCAUCAACACUGACUUUGGCCUGGAGGUGUCUUAUGACACCAAUCAUCAUGUCCGGAUCAGCGUGCCCCUCGAUUACCGAAACUCCACGUGUGGCCUGUGUGGAAACUUCAACAAUCGUCCUGAAGACGACUUCCGAACCCGUCAGGGUGUGAUCGUGAGCUCGGAUGUGGAUUUUGCCAACAGCUGGAGAGCAUCCGGAGACAACGAGCCUGGCUGUGACGUCCGAUGUGGAGGUCUGGACUGCUCCGGCUGCACAGAUGAGCAGACGGAGCUCUACAGCACCACUGCCCAUUGUGGCAUCAUUCAGAGCAGCUCAGGACCUUUUGCUGCCUGCCAUCAACAACUUCCCCCCCAGAGGUUUGUGGAGAGUUGUGUGUAUGAUCUGUGUGUAGGAGGAGGGUACCAGCCUUUUCUCUGUCAAGCCAUUGAAGCCUACGCCAGGCAGUGCCAACAAAAUGGUGUACAAGUAAGCUGGAGGAGACCUGGCUUCUGUGAAAUCCCCUGCCCAGCCAACAGCCACUUUGAAUCCCAAGGCACUGGAUGUCCACCGACUUGCGUCAAUCCCAAUUCCACCGACGACUGCCCCCUUCCUGCCCGAGAGAGCUGCGUCUGCAAUGCGGGCUACGUCCUCAGCGCUGGAGUCUGCGUUCCUCAUGCCGAGUGCGGUUGCAGCUUCGAAGGCCGCUACUACAGCUCUGGGGAAACUGUGAUACUCGGCGAGGACUGUGGGAGACGCUGCAGCUGCAGUUACGGCUCCAUGACUUGCAGCUCUCACGCUUGUGGCCCGCAUGAAUCCUGCAGCGUGGAGGAAGGAGAGCGAGGAUGCCGACCGAAUGGCUAUGCGACAUGUUGGAUAAGGGGCCCGGGGUCCUACCAGACAUUCGAUGAACUGACCUACCGAUAUCCCGGAGCAUGCCGAUUGACCCUUGCAAAAGUAAUGGGGACGUCGAGCCACCCGCACUUUAUGGUUACUGCAGAAAAGGUGCCGAGGGGCAGGGAGGGUUUCAUCCGGAUUUUAAACUUUGAGGCAGAGGGAACACAAAUCUCCAUAGAGAUGUCAAUGUUCAGUCAUGUUCAGGUCGACAGUCAGCUGAUCAAACUGCCCUACAGCUCUGCAUCCAACCGGAUCCAAAUCUAUCACAGCAGCCUCCACAGUGUCACCCUUCGCACCUCCUUUGGCGUGACCGUGCAGACCGUUUGGCCUCACUUUGUCCAGGUCACUGCGCCAAGCGUCUAUGCCGGUUCACUCGGUGGACUUUGUGGUGAUUACAAUGGUCACCCUCAUGAUGACUUCCGCACGCCCAACGGCUUCCUGGUCGACAGUUCUCAGGCGUUUGGGGACAGCUGGAGAGAUGGCUCCCUGUCCGCACACUGUGUGGAAAAUCUGGAUGACAAUACCGAGAAUAAUCACAAUGUUAGUGAGUACUGUGGCAUUCUCACCUCGCAGCAAGGACCUUUUGCGCCGUGUUGGUCGACGGUGGACCCACAGCAGCAGGUGCAUGUGUGUGAGCAGAUCAUUCAGGGAUCUGCGGAUCCGGCAUCGAAGGUGUGUGAGGUUCUCCGAGAUUAUGCACUCAUGUGUCAACAGAAUGGUGUUGUCCUGGAAGAGUGGAGGAAUGUGACAGGCUGUGAGUUGGCCUGCCCUGCAAACAGUCAUUAUGAACUCUGUGGAGACUCUUGCCCUUCUGCCUGCCCCAGCCUCUCUUUCCCCUUCACCUGCGACACUCAGUGUCAAGAGGGCUGCCAGUGUGAUGACGGUUUUGUCCUCAAUGGGAACCAGUGUGUGCCGCCUACAUCCUGUGGUUGCUAUCAUCAAGGACGCUAUCGGCACGGCGGCGAGCAAUUCAAGGAUGGCGAGGAAUGCCAGAGCUUGUGCACAUGUGACGGCACCACGGGGGUAGUUCACUGUGUCCCCAGCUCCUGCGGUCCUCAGGAAUCCUGUCGUGUGGUGGAGGGCGUCUUUGGCUGCCACCCGAAACCCCACGGCACCUGCUACGCCUCCGGAGACCCUCACUACCAAACCUUUGACGGGAAGAAAUUUGACUUUCAGGGAACCUGCCGCUACGUCCUGGCAAAAGACUGCAAUGGGACCGGCCCAAGUCAGUUUUCUGUGGAAGCUAAGAAUGAGCCGUGGAAUGGCCAGCUGGUUUCAGUAACAGCUGAGGUUUUUGUGAAAGUUUGCGGGUAUGAAGUGCGCAUGUCAAGAAACAAUCGGGGCAUGGUGGAGGUGGAUGGAAUAAUAACAAACUUGCCAGUGGUCUUGAAUGGAAGUCGCGUCACUAUCUUUGUUUCUGGGUCUCGAACAUUCGUCAAUGCUGAUUUUGGCCUGAGUGUCACUUUCGACGGACGCUCCACGGUGUUCAUCACUCUGCCCUCUGACUUCAGAGGAGAAACAUGUGGACUUUGUGGAAACUUCAAUGGAAACAGCAGCGAUGAUUUCUACACACCAUCUGGAACAGUCACAUCUCCAGAUGAAUUCGGGGCGGCCUGGAAGGUGGUGAGUGAUUACAGCUGCAGUGAUGGCUGUGGCUCAUCCUGCCCGGUGUGCACCGACGAGCAGCCCGCCAGAGACCAGUGCCAGGUGAUCCGAGCAGCCGACGGCCCCUUCAGCUUCUGCCACGACCAGGUGGACCCAGCGCCAUUUUUCAGUGACUGCGUGUUCGACGUAUGCGUGUCAGGAAGCGGGGGUCCCGAUCUUUUGUGCCAAGCCAUCGAGGCUUACGUCAGUGCCUGUCAGUCUGCUAAUGUUCCAAUCUUCCCGUGGAGACAGAACACCACAUGCAGACUGGACUGUCCGGCAAACAGUCACUAUGAGCUGUGUGGUACUGACUGUGGGCACACCUGUGCCAGCAGCCCUGAUGCCACCUGUGAGCAUGUUUGCUCUGAGGGAUGCUUCUGUGAUGAAGGCUUCCUGAGGAGUGGGACGCAGUGUGUUCCUAUGGAAAGCUGCGGCUGCCAGUAUGACGGCUUCUACUACAAUGCUGGAGACUCCUUCUGGACAGACGGCUGCUCCCAGAGGUGCAGAUGUCAUGCUCCCAAUGACCUGCGCUGCUCUGCUGCGUCUUGCAUCUUAGACCAACGCUGCACCAUCAAAAACGGUCUUCUGGGCUGCUUUGAUGCAAUGUCGACUUGCACCGUGUGGGGAGAUCCACACUAUGUCAGCUUCGAUGGAGCGCUGAGUCAUUUCCAGGGCACAUGCUCUUACAUUAUUACCGAGAGUGUCCGGCACCGUGCCAACGAAAUCCAGUUUCGGGUGGUAGGAACCAAUAAUCACCGUGGCAACAACCUUGUGUCAUUUGUAUCAGCAGUGGAUGUUUACCUCUCAAACCACCCUGAGAGCGUGCACGUCAGGAUUGGACCCAACAGAAUAGUAAAGAUAAAUGGAAGUGCGGUGUCUCUUCCCACCACUGCAGGGAACUUAGCUCAGCUGGAACGGCAGGGAAACUUCAUAGUGGUCAAUGCCGGGGACUUGGUUGUCCAGUUCGACGGUCAGAGUACUCUGCUCGUCAGAACGGCCGAGAACCGCAACAACAGACUCACGGGGAUGUGUGGGAACGCCAACAAUGAUCCAGCAGAUGACAAAGCGUUUCCCAAUGGCACUCUGGCAGUGAACGACGAUGAGUUUGGACACAGCUGGAAGGCAUCCACAAGCCAACCAAGAUGUGGAUCCACCGAUGAGAGAAUCACCGAUCAGCUGAGCGACCUCACCAACGUGGAAGGAUACUCUGCGCUCUGCAGCAUCAUCACCAACACCAGCGGCCCCUUCGCCGCCUGCCACCCACACUCAGACCCUCGACCGUUCUUCAGCUCCUGCGUCUAUGACCUCUGCCUCUACACCACAGCCAAUGGCAUGCUGUGUUCUGCAGUGGCCGCCUACGAGAGAACCUGCGCCGUGGCGGGAGUGAACGUCUCCGAGUGGCGCUCUGGAUUGUCCUGUGCUGAGUCAGAUCCCUGUGAGCAGCUGGACUGUGCUGAACACGAGUGGUGUGGCCAGAAGAAUGGCGUGUAUGGCUGCUUCUGUGAUGAACACCACCAUCGGCCCAACAAUGAGAGCUAUGAUUCGUCCAUCACUUGCGUGAGCAGCUCAGGCACCAUGUCUGUGUCCCGCUGUCAGCUGUUUGAGGCUGGUUUCCACUUCACUGUCCUGCACCUUCGAGAUGACUCCUGCAACGGAACGCUUGAGGACGGACGCCUGGUGUUCCACUUUGACAACAGCGACCAGCUGUGUGGGACCGUCCUCAGGAGCAAUGGAACCCACUUCAUGUAUGAGAAUGUCAUACAGGGAGACGUGGAUACUCACGGAGGUCUGAUCAGCCGCCAGAGGAGCAUUAAUCUGCGGUUCUGCUGCGAAUACCCUCUGACUCAAGCCCUGUCCAUGGCUGUGGGAAUCAACCCGCUUGAAAGCAUCGUUGGGAAGAAGCUCCCGGCCGGCCGGGGACUGUAUCAGACUAAGAUGCUGCCCUACUACGACGCCGAGUUCCGCCACCCCUUCGCCAGUGACAGGAAUGCAGAGAUAGAACUGGACCAGGAGCUGUAUGUGGAAGUGCAGACUGAAGGGGUCGAUGCCAGCCAGCUCUCCACCAUCCUGGACUCCUGCUGGGCCACACCUGUCAACGCUGCAGACCACCCUGUCCGCUGGGAUCUCCUCAUUUCACAGUGUCCUAAUCCAGCAGAUGGGACCGUAGACGUGAUCCAGAACGGCGUCUCCACCGUGGCCCGUUUCUCCUUCAGGAUGUUCACCUUCACCAACUACACCUCCAUCUACCUGCACUGCCAGGUGCACCUGUGCCUGUUGCAGCACAACAACUGCACCACGAACUGCUACCCGGGUUACAACCACCGGCGAUCACGGAGGGACGUGUCCUACCACGACUCGACGGCCAUCUCGGUCGGACCGCUCAUCCUGAGGCGGGACAGAAGAGGCUCGGUGCUUCGCGCACAGAGAGCUGCAGCCCACGUGACGCCGGCGACGGCCCACGUGAUGCCAGCGGCGGCCCUGCUCGGCACCGUCCUGAUGGCCACAGUUUUGCUCUGGGUUAAAAGAAAGAUCCAACAGAAAAAGAACUGAGGACACUCUUUCUGUGAAUUAACGUCUUGGUGGUUUUUCUUUCUCAGAAGGUUUUUUUUUCUUGAGAUGCUUGCAACAGUAUUCAAAUAUGUUGUUUAUGUGAUGUUUUGAAAAGAUGAGGGGAGAAGGCAACUUUUAAAACAUGCUGCACUGAUUGCUUUCAGUUGUUUCGUUUCUUUUUCAAUUAAUAAUUAUUGUUGAUUGUAUUGACUUAAAUUAUUUUAUUAUAUUAUUGUUGGAUGUAAUUAUGUAUAAUGAAGGCCAAGACAAACUUUAACUACUGCCACUAGAUCCAUCACUUUUGCAAGUAAGUGUUGCAAAGAAUCACAUUUAAAGGUGCAUUAAGCAGUUUGCUUGUUUUAUGCGAAACACCGACCCCUGCAGGCCUUGGGCGUAACUGCAGCUUAGUGAAACGCUCAUGUCUGUUGCUUGAGCCCAUGUAUGUGCACAGAAGAGGGGAACUCCUUCCUCACUCUUUUAGUAGCGCUUGAGUAAAAUUUAAGUUUCUUUUGCCUGGUGGGGUCUGUGUUUGAGUUGUG